GUGACGUCACGAAAUACUUGUUCCUGUUCGAUUCAGUCGAGGCAAAACUUCAACGAGGGCAUGAUGUUAUGAUGUCUAUAGCAGAAACUAUUUUAUUUUUCGUCGCUAUUGCUGUAGUUGUAGGAUGGUUGUUCGUACUUUUAAUGCACACAGUUGCUCUUCUUUAUGGACGAUAUCUUAUGCACCGCCCUGUGCCUCAGCCCGACCCAGAGAACCUCCAUGGGGUAUCCAUCCUAAAGCCCCUCACAGGCGUUGAUCCUAAUCUCUACAAAAAUUUAGAAACAUUCUUCAAUCUUCAGUAUCCUGCUUAUGAACUACUUUUUUCUGUCCAAGAUGAAAAUGAUCCUGCUAUUAUGGUGGUUCAAAGUUUAAUACAAAAAUAUCCAAAAGUUGAUGCAAAAUUAUUUAUAGGUCUUAGAUAUGUUGGUCCUAACGGGAAAAUUAACAACAUGGUUAGAGGGUACGAGGCUGCCAAGUACGACUGGAUUGCCAUCUCUGAUAGUGGUAUUAGUAUGCGUCCCGACACCUUAAUGAAUAUGGUCAGCUACAUGAAGUCGGAUGUUGGACUUGUUCUGCAGAUGCCAUACACAUCACAUAGAAAAUAUGGAUUUGCAUCAGUAUAUGAACAAGUGUAUUUCGGUACGUUUCAAGCAAGAAAUAGUCUAUCAGCGAAUGCUGUUGGGAUAAACUGUUCCACUGGCAUGAGCUGUUUGUUUCGUAAAGAACUCCUGGAAAAUGUAGGAGGUCUUCAAGCAUUUUCGAAGUACCUGGCAGAAGAUUUCUUCAUUUGUCAAGAAAUUGUCAAACAAAAAUACAAGACAGUGCUAUGCAGUCAGCCAGCAAUGCAGAACUCAGGCAAUUGCACAGUAGAACAUUUUCACAAACGCCUAAUAAGGUGGUCACAGCUACGUGGAGCCAUGUUACCUCACCUCAUUUUUUUGGAGCCCCUGUCAGAGUGUAUGUUGAUGGGUGUGUGCAUAUCGUGGGCCAUGGACUUCCUGUUCAGUGUCAGUCCCAUGGGCGUCUUCCUCCUUCACACCCUUAUGUGGUUUCUCAGUGAUUACUUUCUCCUUAGGAUAGUGGAGAAUGGACCACUGCCUUUUUCCAAAUUCGAGUUCUUUGUUGCUUGGAUUACAAGGGAAGCACUUGCGUUUUGGUUGUCACUUAGGAGUCAUAAAAACGGUGUUAUUCAGUGGAGACAUAAACGUUACAAAGUGCACUGGGGAGGGUCUGUUUCAGAGAUUUAAACACAUUAUCUCAUUUAUCAUUGUCAGUCAUUGUCAUCAUUUCAUCGAAUCAUUGAGGCCAGUCUUCGCCAUUUGUGGAGUUUUUCAUGACCAACACUUCUAAGGAAGAAGACUUUUGAGAUUAUAAUCAGAUUCUGAGAUAUUUUAUAUCAACAAUCAAAGCAUUCUUUAAGAUGUCCAUACUCUACAGGGAAGUAUGGUUGUGAAGAAAUCGUCAGCAUUUUGGAAUAAUUUGUAUAAAGGAGAUCUUAAGGAUAUAUGUUUGAUUUAUGAAAUGAUAAGAACACAAGCUUAUUUUGAGAACAUACAAACUACACAUGUGGAUUUAAGGAAUACAAGCCUGACAAAAUCUUAAAAAUCCAAGCUUGAUAUGUGAAAUCUUUGGAACACCAACUGGGUGUUUUGUGAAGAAAGCUGUAGCAUGCAAUCUGGACAUCAAAGAAAAUCUGUGAUUUAACAACAGUGGACAAGGGAACUAUGCCAAAAAAUUAUCAACAUCCAUCACCAAAGUCUACUAGGCAUUGAAUUACAGGCAAUGCAUCUGCACCGUCUCAUUAAAGAAUGAGAAUUUGAAAAUUCAUCAGCUGAAAUAUAGUCUAUGAAGGAAUUGAUGGGAAAAUUGUUUGUAAAAUGUUCCAAAGAAUCUGUGACUUUCUCUCUAAGUUGGGUAAAUUCACAAUAACUCCUCUUACUGAAUUUUGAAGAUACAAUUUAAUUGUUACUUGAUAUUGCACAUUUUGGUUGUGCCAUAUUUGUAUCGUUGAAUUUGCAUGUAUUGAGUUCUUUUCUUUUUUCCCAAAGCAUUUUUUUUUUCCUUGAUCAGAUUUAAAGAUCAAUUGUAACAAUACUUUUACAAAUUACAAUAAUUACAAUGAAUGUUAAGAUUUCAAAUCUAUAAGAAAUGGAAAAGUUACAGACAAAAUUUUGUUUACAUACAAUACUAGAUGUAAUGAGGUUUAAUAAUAAUGUUUUUGUGAUAAAUAAUUUGACAAUGAAACAAAAAAUCGUAAAAUACUCAAAAUGGAAUGAAUAAAAUAACUUGUGAACGUGAAUCUGAAAAAAAUCAUUGAUAAUCAUCAAUCUGAAAAAAUCAUUAUGUGCAAAAUCAUGAAGAAAUCAAUGCAAAACUGCUGGACGAAGGGAGGUAACUUGAAUAACAGUGCUAUAUAGCUGUAGAAGAUAAAUUGUAGGCUAAGUGUGUAAAUUAUCUGCCUGUCUGAUUCUGUUGGUGAGGACCCAGCAGAGAUAUGACGACAGUGCAAUGAUCAAGGAUCAAUGCAAUACUUUAGGACAGGCUCAGCAAAUGAUGGACAUUCCAUACACUUAGCAAAUGAUGGACAUUCCAUACACUUACUAAAUUCAAGUGAUAUCAAACGAAAUUUAUAUUUUUUGACAUUUUUUGGAAAUUUUUUUAAAGAAAACUGCAUGUGUAUUAAUUAUCAGAAGUAAAACAUUACAAAGUUUGCUAUUUAUUAUAACUUAUAUUUAAAAUGGAUAUUUUAAUUGAACUUUUUAUUUUUUUUAAUGUUUAUUGAGUUGUACCAGUGGUCUUUGAAGAAAGUAUGACAGUUGGAUAUUUUUGGAGUACGGAAAACAAAAAUUAGUGAUAUGUUGUGUUAAAAUCAGUAAUGGUUAUGGAUAUGUCAAUAUUUGCUGGUACUGUCCUUCACUUGUCCUCAGAUACAGAAUUAUUUGUUUAAACAUGUAUGAUGUGUUUCUUAUCUCCUGUCUCGUUUUCCAUGUUUUUUGUGUCCAGUUUUCUCCCAGCUCUAAAAAUGUUUAACUACCAAAGGCAAAGUCAUUGUCUGAGUAAGAUUAUUGUCUGAAUAGGAAAAAUAAUUAAUUUUUUUUUAAAUCACUUACAAUAUUCAUAUGGUCAAUUUUUGUGCUGCUUACAUUGUUUUAGAUCUGAAAGAAGAAUUUACAAAAGUACAAAAAUUCAGCCAAAACCAAAAAGCAUUAUUUGUUUUAGUGUUAACUUCAGAUCAAAUUUAACAUCAGAUCAACAUUAUUGUGUUUUACAAAGUAUGUUAUAUAUUGUAAGUCUAAAAGUAAAUUAGAUCAUUACAGGAUUGAUACUUUUCAGCCAAUAAUUUUUUCUCCGUAUUAGUAUAAUCUUUUCAGAAUUUAUUUGAUUCCCCAAAGGACUAUCAUCAAUUUGCCUCGAAUAACGCCAUGAAUAUUUGAGUGGUAAAUUUUUUAUAUAUGUAGUUCCCCUGAGAAAGCUUUAAUUCAAGUAAUGCAGAAAACUACUGCACAAUUAUGUUCAUAUUAGAUAUUGAGAAUAUUAAUUUCUGUUAAUGAAUUAAUGGUGAUUCUCUGCAUAAUUAGUCGCUAGCUUUUACACUUAAAUAUGAUCAUGUUAAAUUAAAUUGUUUGAAAAUUCUGUUAAAUUCACUGUGUGUCUUUGUCAGUAUGUGUACAUGUAGUGUCCAUAUUCAUAAUGGAUCACAUAGAUUUAUUUUACAAUUGUUAUUGAUUAUGUGAAAAAGAGUACUAAGAGAUACUUCUAUGAUGUAUUUUUCCACAGCUACUUAUAGAUUGAGAUAAUUCAUGUAAAUUGAUGGCCGAGAAUGCAUUUUCAUUCCACAGAGUCUGUUAAGGCAAUAAUUUGUGAUGGAACGGUGUCGGAUGGAAAAAAAAAAUCUAUUUACAUUUUUAAACUUCAGCUGAUCUGAUAAUCAAUUAAAAUUUUUCAGAAUUGAUCAUCGGUAUAUAACAUUUUCCUGUGUUUUGGAUAGCCUAUGUAAUUAUUUAGAUAUGAUUAUUUAAGAUAGAAAUUAUUAUUUUUUUUAUCAUAUACAAAUCUAUAAAGUAAAUUUGACAUUUUCAAGUUAAAUUUACAAAAAGUAGAAUAUGUCUUAUUGCAAUAAAGAACUGAGAAUUUUAAGCAGAUUUGAAAACAUAGUUUAUAACAUAAUUCAUCGCGUGUAUUGGAAAGUUUUUCCACUGGUUAUGGAUUUGCAGUUGGUGUCUAAUCACUUGAAAAGUAGCAAUAGUAUUAUGUGGCCAAUCGAACAGGAAUGACUUAAAAGUACACCCAUAGUGGAAAAAAACGGAGAAGUAUAUCAACUCAUAUAUCUUGAGCCUAGGCUUUAUAUUGAUUUAUGUUAUCUCGGGAAGUAUAUAUGGACACCUGUUUAACAGCCAUGCCCCCAAGGCUUAUGACUGUCCUAGUCCCCACCCCAGGGGCGGGACAUGAAGGCUUGCUUUAACAUGUGCUGGAUAACGUGUUAAAAUUGUUAUUAUAUUGACUUGAGGAUCUUUUCUAUGUUCCUCUGUUUUAUGUAUCUUUUUGUAUGCUAUUGUUAAAAUUGGAAAUAAGUAAAACAAAGCUUUAACAAAGAAAAGAAAAGUUUACUUUGAUAUUACUAAAUGAUUUAUUUUCCGUGUUUUUUUAUCCUCUCAAAUUGUUUGAUUUUUUAUUGGAAGAUGAUUUUGGUAUGAAAUUGUCCAUUGAUAUUUUUUUUGCAUCACUGAACGAAGCAUUAUGCACUGUCAAGGUGAUAUUGUCAAGAGGAAAAUGUGAAAGGGAAAAGUAAAGAUAAUUUUGGAAGAAAAAAAAAUAUUUUGAAGUUUAAAACACUUGUCAUUUACGAAAAUGUAGUAAUGGUGAUUAUUUCAAGUUAAUGAACUUUUUUUUUUAUUGACUGUAUAACUUGAUGAUCUGCUGUGAGUGUACGGUGUAUCCUUGAGGUGCUGUACGAAUGUAUGUUGUCAUCUCGGAUAUCUGUACUUCCUACAACAGAAAAAUGAAAGGUGGAAUAUGACAUCACCACAGAAAUUAUAGUAAUCACAUAUUGUAACCAUGUUUAACCUAGCUUUAUCAAACUAUUCUAAAAGAAAAAGCUCAGCGUUUUGGCUCUAAGACAAAGUGUUCAGGAGCAUUUCUGUGUUAAAACUGGUUAAAGCAAAUCAGAAGUUUGGUGCAUGCAUAUUGGUUUUUGUUGAAAUUAACAUGCCUAUACAUGUGUUCAGCUUUCAUCUGUAUAUCUGUUGAUACACUAAAGCCUGUUUCACAUAUAUUGCUAAACUUGUGUAAUGUAUGACGGAAAAAGAUAAAAGACUUACCGUAUAUGAAAAAGAACAUAGCAUAUACUUUUACUCUUCCAGUUUUCUGUCUUUCUCAUUUCUCAUAAACUCUUUUGUAAGCAAUUACAUGUAUGUUCAUCUGUUAUAGUCAUUUGUCUUUAUGUUUAAACAAAGUCUGUCCUGUAAUUACCUGUAAUUAGGAUAGAAAAUUACAGCUACAGAAAAUUACAGCUGAUUUUAUGGAGACUUCGAACAUCCUGAUCUGGCACUGAUUUAGUCCAGCUCUUUUCUUAAUUUGUUUUUAAGAACAAAUUAAUAAUGAUUGUAUUCGAUUCAACUACUUCAGGAAUAUUUCAGUAUGUGCACAUUUUGUUGGAGAAAUAAUUUAAUGUAAUUUGAAAUUAAAAAAAUCUGUUUAGGGAAAAUACUUGAAGGUAGACAAGAUGUAUGCAAAUAAGAUUAAAAAAAGAACUAUGCUUUUAUAACAAACUUUUUUUUUAUGAAAAUAAAAACAACUUGUAAUGCG